GAUUAUAAAUUAUGAUUAUUUCUGCAUUUAUAAAAUUUAACCUAUAGUAAACACAGAGGUUCACAUUUCUUUCACUUAACUAAUGGCAUUGUUUCCUCUGAAACAUAUUUUGCUUGUAUGUGACAUCAGAAAGAGAGAAAGAUAAGAAUUAUUAAAAACAGAGGCAAAAUAAAACAUGAUUAAAAAGUGAUUAGAAAUGAGUGGGCUCUCAAGAUGCCAAAUUAAUAGAGGAGAAAGAUAUUUCAGGAAAGCAGUAGAACUAACAAACUCGAUAAACAAAACUAGAGAGGUAUGCGAAUGUCCUCUGGCUACAAUAGGGAAACAGAAAGAAAUAAGACUUUGAUUUGGGAAGGCUAGAUUAAAAAUGUCAGAGCAAAUGAGACUAAAAUAUGACAUUGUGAUUAUUGUCAAUAGAAAAGUUAUGUUUGUGAAUAUCAUGUAUACAGGGGUCAGGUAUGAAUUCAUGAUUAUAUGCCAAGAAAACAGUAUGAGCAGGUACUUAGUUUUGGGAAAAGAUAAAUCUUUAUUUAAGGCCAGUAUUUCUAAAGCUUUACAUGAAGGGUUUUGAAGAGUUGCUUGAUUGUAUUGCUUAUAAAAUCUUGCUUGGUUCUCAAUGGAAUUCAAUUCUCAGUCUCUUAUUUACAGAACUUCUGAUUUUUCCCUUAUGGUAUGAACUCAACCAAAGAGAAAAGUCAUAUGUAAUACCAUGGCCACAGUGAUAUUUCCUUACCCCUCUGAAAAUGCAGUAACAGCUGUGUUUUUCACAUAGCCUUAUGGUUACACUAACUUUCAGGCUUAGAGCUGUACAUCAUUUAUUCUUUUCCUUGGUUAGCAAAAGUAUAACUUGAGGAGAGAUGGCCUUUGUGUGUUCUGUUUUCUUAGCACACUUCUUGGUUAUGUUUUGUUUUGUUUUGUUUUUUAAAUACCCAGCUGUCUUUACAUCUUAGUAUACCUUGUCUGAGCAUCAGUUGGCAUUUGGCCAGUUGCAACCUGAGAUGUUUGGUCAUACCUAUCCAAAGUUCUUUUAAUAAACAUCCAGCUGGAUGAUGCUAUGUGAGGAGCAGAUUAUGGCAUGAAGCCAUCCAUUGGUCCUCUCCUAACCCAACAGCUUUGUUUCCCUUUGGGGUUUAUCCAUCUGGCAUGUAUGAAAAAAGUCAGUCUUCCAUCUCACUCCUCACUGCCUUUGCAUAUAUUUCCACCCUUUAUUCAGAUUCUGGAAAAAUCGUGCUCAUGAUUUCCCAGAUUCUUAUCCCCUAAAGGCAAAGUGCCAAAGAAGGAAAAUGUGAUUCCUUUUCCAGAAUUCCUGAAGUCAGUAAAGUUUCAGCAGGCAAGCAUUUUCAAGCCAUGCUAAAUAUUGAUUUGAAAUAAGCUUUCUCGUUCCCAUUCUCUUUGAUAUACUGAGACAGCAACAUGUGAGUCUUCUCCUGCCAGGGAAAUCUAUGAGUUUAAAAGCCAUUUGGUGCUGCAAGACAGAUGAUUUUUCACCAACUACCGUAAUGUGGAACAGAUAUUUUGUCUUCUAUCUCCUGCUUUUGUCAGUGUUUACUAGUCAAACAGUAUCUGGACAAAGAAAGAAAGGACCAAAGCCAAAUUUGCUUGCAAAGAAAAGUGAUGUCCAGGACUCCAUUUGUUUCAUAGAUAUUGUCUUCAUCGUGGACAGCUCUGAAAGUUCUAAAAUUGUCCUCUUUGAUAAACAGAAAGAUUUUGUGGAUAGCUUGAGUGACAAGAUUUUCCGAUUGACUCCUGGUCGCUCUGUGGAAUAUGACAUAAAACUGGCAGCCCUUCAGUUUAGCAGCUCUGUCCAAAUUGAUCCACCUUUUUCUUCUUGGAAGGACGUGCAGACGUUUAAGCAGAAGGUCAAGUCUAUGAAUUUAAUUGGGCAAGGUACUUUCUCUUAUUAUGCCAUCUCCAAUGCCACUAGGCUACUUAAGAGAGAAGGGCGAAAGGGUAGUGUGAAAGUGGCUUUGCUGAUGACUGAUGGCAUCGACCAUCCAAAGAAUCCAGAUGUUCAAAGUAUUUCUGAUGAUGCCAGAAUUUCAGGAAUAUCAUUUAUCACUAUUGGACUUUCUACUGUAGUCAAUGAAGCCAAACUUCGUUUGAUCUCUGGGGAUUCAUCCAGUGAACCCAUUUUACUGUUGAGUGAUCCAACCCUAGUGGAUAAAAUUCAAGACCACCUGGAAACCUUAUUUGAAAAGAAGUGUGAACGCAAGAUUUGUGAAUGUGAGAAAGGAGAUCCAGGUGAUCCAGGGAAUCCUGGUACACAUGGAAACCCAGGUAUCAAAGGUGAGCGAGGACCAAAAGGAAACCCGGGCGAUGCUCAAAAAGGAGAAGCUGGAGAAAGAGGUCCAGGGGGAAUUCCUGGGUACAAGGGUGACAAGGGUGAACGUGGGGAAUGUGGUAAACCAGGAAUAAAAGGUGACAAAGGAUCCCCAGGGCCAUAUGGAGCAAAGGGACCCAGAGGAAUUCAGGGAAUUAGUGGACCUCCAGGAGAUCCAGGCCCAAAGGGGUUUCAAGGCAAUAAGGGUGAGCCAGGUCCUCCUGGUCCUUAUGGUUCUCCAGGAAUUCCUGGAAUUGGACAGCAAGGUAUUAAGGGAGAAAGAGGCCAAGAAGGAAGGCCAGGAGCUCCAGGACCCAUUGGAGUUGGUGAGCCUGGACAGCCAGGUCCCCGUGGUCCUGAGGGAGUACCAGGAGAGAGGGGCUUACCUGGAGAAGGAUUUCCAGGACCAAAGGGUGAAAAAGGUUCUGAAGGACCAAGUGGCCCACAGGGACUACAAGGCCUGUCAAUCAAAGGGGACAAGGGGGAUUUGGGACCUAUGGGACCCCAAGGACCAAUGGGCAUCCCUGGAAUUGGGAGUCAAGGGGAACAGGGAAUCCAAGGUCCUAUUGGUCCACCUGGUCCACAAGGACCCCCAGGACAAGGCUUACCUGGUUCUAAGGGAGAAGUAGGCCAAAUGGGACCUACAGGCCCUCGAGGACCAGUGGGAAUUGGAGUACAAGGUCCAAAGGGGGAGCCAGGCUCAAUAGGGCUCCCAGGACAGCCAGGAGUACCGGGAGAAGAUGGAGCUGCAGGGAAGAAGGGAGAAGCGGGGCUUCCGGGAGCAAGAGGCCCAGAAGGACCACCUGGAAAAGGGCAGCCCGGCCCCAAGGGUGAUGAAGGCAAGAAAGGGAGCAAAGGAAAUCAAGGACAGAGGGGACUUCCAGGGCCCGAAGGACCAAAGGGUGAACCGGGCAUUAUGGGCCCCUUUGGAAUGCCUGGAACAUCAAUUCCUGGACCACCUGGGCCAAAGGGAGAUAGAGGAGGACCUGGGAUGCCUGGAUUUAAAGGAGAACCUGGACUUUCUAUUCGAGGACCAAAGGGUGUUCAAGGCCCUCAGGGACCAGUGGGUGCUCCAGGACUCAAAGGCGAUGGCUAUCCUGGUGUGCCUGGACCUCGAGGAUUACCAGGACCCCCUGGGCCGAUGGGUUUACGUGGAGUGGGAGACACUGGAGCAAAGGGGGAGCCUGGGGUCAGAGGCCCUCCAGGUCCUUCUGGACCUCGUGGCAUAGGAACCCAGGGGCCAAAGGGUGAUACUGGGCAGAAAGGCUUGCCUGGCCCUCCUGGCCCCCGUGGCUAUGGAUCACAAGGAAGUAAAGGGGAACAAGGACCACAAGGCUUUCCAGGGCCAAAGGGCACAAUGGGCUAUGGCCUCCCAGGCCAGAAGGGAGAGCACGGAGACCAGGGUGAUGUAGGAAAGAAAGGCGAUAAAGGAGAAAUUGGAGAGCCUGGAUCUCCAGGAAUACAGGGUUUACAAGGACCUAAAGGAGACCUAGGACUUACAAAAGAAGAAAUUAUCAAACUUAUUACAGAAAUAUGUGGUUGUGGGCCCAAAUGCAAAGAGACUCCACUAGAGCUGGUGUUUGUGAUUGACAGCUCAGAAAGCGUGGGGCCAGAGAACUUCCAGAUCAUCAAAAAUUUUGUGAAGACUAUGGCUGACCGAGUUGCUCUGGACCUUGCCACAGCCCGCAUAGGCAUAAUCAACUACAGCCAUAAGGUGGAGAAGGUGGCUAAUUUGAAGCAGUUCUCCAGCAAGGAUGACUUCAAGUUGGCUGUGGACAACAUGCAGUAUCUGGGGGAAGGCACAUACACAGCCACUGCUCUCCAAGCAGCCAAUGACAUGUUCAAGGAUGCAAGGCCAGGUGUAAAAAAAGUGGCCUUGGUCAUCACUGAUGGGCAGACAGAUUCUCGUGAUAAAGAGAAACUGACAGAGGUGGUGAAGAAUGUCAGUGACACCAAUGUGGAGAUAUUUGUAAUCGGGGUGGUGAAGAAAAAUGAUCCCAACUUUGAAAUAUUCCACAAAGAAAUGAAUCUAAUUGCUUCUGACCCAGAGCAUGUUUAUCAGUUUGAUGAUUUCUUUACCCUGCAAGACACCCUGAAGCAAAAGUUAUUUCAAAAAAUUUGUGAGGAUUUUGAUUCCUAUCUUCUUCAAAUUUUUGGUUCAUCAUCACUUCAACCUGGAUUUGGGAUGUCAGGGGAAGAACUCAAUGAAUCUACUCCAGAGACUCAAAAAGAAAUUUCUGAGUCAUUGAGUGUCACCAGAGACCAGGAUGAAGAGAAUGAAGUUCCAGAGCCAACCUGGGCUGAUGCUGUGCCUGCCACUACUUCAUCUGAGGCCACCACUGCCCCCAGGCCACUGCUUAGCUCCCCUGUGGUUGGGGCAGAGGAUCCUAGAUGUUUGGAAGCCUUGAAGCCUGGAAACUGUGGUGAAUAUGUGGUUCGAUGGUAUUAUGACAAACAGGUCAACUCUUGUGCCCGAUUUUGGUUCAGUGGCUGCAAUGGCUCAGGAAACAGAUUCAACAGUGAAAAGGAAUGUCAAGAAACCUGCAUUCAAGGAUGAGCAAGUAAACUGGCUUGUCUCUAUCAAAAGCCUAGAACUCCCUAAUUUCUGCAUGUUCACCCAAUACAAAUACAGCACUAUAGUUGAGUGUAUACUGAGUAUUUCAACUUAUCAAUGUAAUUGAAUUCUCACUACAGCACUAGGAUGUAGGUAUUAUUAACCACUUACAUAGAUAAGGAAGCUGAGGCUCUGAGAAGUUUAGUAACUUGUCGACUGUCACCCACCUAAAAAGUGUCAGAGCUGAGGAUUUAGACUUAGAGCUGUGAAACUGUAAUACACAGGCUCUAUCUACUUCACAGCCUGCAAUGUGAUUCUGAUUCCUUUCAUUCCUGCUGUAUGUACUAUGUCAGCUCAAACCCCUACUGCUGCCCCUGCCCAUACCCCACCUACUCACCUCCCCAACCUCCUUAUGUCCCACCUACCCCAGUAGCAAGAGGUAGGUGAUAGGAAGUACUUUGGUGUGGAAAUUAGAAAUGAUGGGAAUGUUUAUGAAGGAGUGCUGGGAUAGAAGUGGGGAUGAUGAGGGUAGUUACAUUUUUUCCUCAUUUGCUCUGAACGCGGUAAUAGGGAAAAAUCAAUCUGAAUUAAAAUUAAAUAACUUAAAUGUUUCACAAACUGUCACUUUGUAUUCUUCCAACAUGUUUGGUAACAAAGUGUUUAAUGUAUGUUUAAACAAAGAAGCUUUUUACACCCUUCCAUUAAAAUACGUACAUCUGGGGUUUCCCUUCCAUUUUAUGGGAGUGGAAUGGGAAGGCCGUUGACAAUUAAAAACCACUUGAAGUUGACAUCCACUCUGGAGCAAGGUGUAUUAAAGACAGGACUCACACUGAAAGGUGAGCCACCAAAUUGAAACAUGAGUAAUGGAGAAUAACGAAGAAUUGGCUCUGUCGUUUUAUAUAAUACUUUUGCAACAUCCCGUCUGGGAAGAUCAUUAGUUCUGAGCUGAGCUCAGACAGCAGCACUUGCAUAUUUCAUCUCACAAAACACUUUCUCCUUCUAUCGGGUCUACCCUCAUUCAAUUCAACAGUGUAAAAAAAUGCCCUCAAGGAAGGAGAUGGAAGAAUAGCCAUCUUGGCAGAAAUAAUAUAAUUUUAUUUAGUUAAUUAAAACUGUAUUAUAUAAUGUUUGAUACUACAAAAGAAGAUAUGCAACAUACUCAUCAAUUUAAAAACACAAUAAGUUGAACACCAGUGAACACAUCACCUAGAGAAUGAAACAAACAUCACAAAUUCCAUUGAAGCUUCCUGUGUGGCCCUCCACCAUCCCAGCCCCUGUUCCAUGCCAGGAAUAUCCCAUUUUGAACUUUUUGUUUACCAUGUCAAUGUGCUGUUGACUUUUAUAGGUAAUUUUACAUGUAAAACUCCACAUGUCCCUAUGUGUCUCUAAACAAUAAAUGUUUAACCUUGCUUAUUUUAGAGUUUUACAGGUAUGGUGUCGGUGUCAUAUACUAGUCUUCUGCAACUUACUAUUUUCAUUCAGUGUUAUAACUAAUUCAUAUAUUUUAUGACAUAUAAAUAUAUUUCUAAAUAAUUUAUUAUUUAGUUUUUUGAGCUUUAGAAAAUAUGCAUCAUAAUAUGUAAUUUUCUACACUUCACUAGAUUUUUUUUUUUCAUUUUAAACAAGAAGUUUAUUUAAACAACGAGACGCUUGACUUGAAGGGAAAACUAGGAUUCUUUUUUGUUGUUGUUUUAGAGUAAUUUAUCCCUACUUAAAGACAGAUUGCCCUACAGGUAACAGCUACGUACAAAAAAGUUAUAAAAUUGUCCUUGGUUUUACAAUGAUAAAUGAAAAACAUUAAAAGUCUCCAAUCAAACAAGGUAUGCAAGGAUUUUUAUUUUAUUAUUUAUUUAUUUAUUUUUUUGUUAAAACAGUGAGAACAAAAUAAUUUACUGGAAUAUAAAGAUAAGAGCUGAAUGAGCAUGCCACUAAUGGAGAAAGGGGGUAUUUUCACAGAAUCAGUAUUUUUCCCCAUCCCGUCUCCACUUGAUGUCAAUCAAAACAUACCAUUGGCUGUUAAAAAGAAAAAAAGCAAUAUGCUUGUACACAUAUACCAGUUACUUUAUGUACAAUAAAGGAAUGGGGAAGGGGAAAAUGA